AUGUCGCAAAGUUGUCGGCUGCUCUUUGGGUUCAUAGUAAGCGGUAUUGGCUGGAUUGGAAUCAUUAUUGCGACUGCUACCAACGACUGGGUGGUUACCUGCAAGUAUGGCAUGCAUACCUGCAAAAAGAUGCAUGAGCUCGAAGCGCAGGGUUUGUGGGCCGAUUGCGUUAUUUCCACUGAGAUUUACCACUGUAUCGCGCUUACUCAGAUCCUGACUUUGCCAGCUUACGUCCAGACAGCUCGCGCCCUCAUGAUAAUUGCCUCCAUUCUUGGCCUCCCGGCUAUGUCUCUGGUGCUGGUUGCAAUGCCGUGCGUCAAACUAGGCAAUGAGACUGCGGAUACCAAGCACAAACGCGCCGUGCUAGGCGGGGUCUUGUUACUACUCAUGUCUCUGUGUGGAAUAGUAUCGACAGUGUGGUUUCCUAUUGGGGCUCACCAUGAGAAAGGUUUAAUGUCCUUUGGGUUUUCACUAUAUGCUGGAUGGAUGGGGUGUGUCCUCUGUCUUCUGGGGGGGUCCAUCAUGGCCUGCUGCUCGGGUGGAGACCCCUCUGCCCAGCUCCCUGAGAACCACUUCUACUACUCCAAACACAGUGGAGCUGCAAGCCCCAUCCCACCAGCAAACAACCAUGCCAAGAGCGCGCACGUGUGA